AUCCGAUUUACCCAAGCGCCUUCGAUGCCAGGUUAGGAUACUUUUUAUAUCUCCUAGAAAAGGGAAGGAAGUGCAGAUGUACCUGCCAUUUAGUUAUGUUUGUAAUGCUUUCGUUCAGGAUCAGCUGAGGGACCUUAUCUUCCGGUAAGUCGCUAAAUGUUGAACUGAUAUAACUUUAAAUAUUCUUGUCGCUAAUGCUUGCUAUGUAUGCUGUAUGUAUGUAGCAAUUAUUUGUAUUUAGAUUUACAGCUGAUAUCUACCCGGUCUACCACUAAAUUAGAACUUUUACAUAAAUGUUGUGCACUUGGAUGAGCUGCUGUUAGUGUUAUAGCAUAACGUUUACAACGAUCGAAAUAUGUUUGUAUGUAUGUAAAUACAUCAAUGGGGUAAGAUUGUGUUUUCAGGUCUUCCACACCGAUUGACGUGAGACUUUUUACAUCAUCUGGAGAUUUCCAUUACUCUCUGCAAUGGUGAUUGUGUCGAAGGUAAGGGUAUAAUAUGUGAAAAAUCUCAGUAAUCGUCAGAUUACGCACUAACCAUUUAAUAUAAAUUUCUUCGAAGUAAUCGGAAGUAAGCUUAAUUUCACACGCUUGUGUGGUCCAACCGGUGUUGUAGUUAAUUAUCAAAGUAGACGCGCUAAAAUUUUAAAACUUUUACUCUCUUUGUGUUAGGGCGUCGUAAAAUGUAUAUGAAUAGGAAGUAGAUCUAAGUAAAUGUAAGGAUAACAUAUUCGUUAGGCAGUUUAGUGGUUUUAGUUGACGAUGGGAAACAUUUACCUUAUAUUAUGCUUCGGUGAGCACACGCUUGAACGAAAUGAAAUAGCGAGACUUUGAAAAACUUUUUAAAAUUCAUCCCAGUGGCUUAUUUUCUCACCCAAAAAUGUAAAGAGGUUUUUUCCAUUUUUAUUGACUUAAUAUAUAGUUUCAAUAACAGUGUGGAAAUCUUUUUAUGAUCCUUUUUUUACAGUGUAAAGAUAUAUUGGAACACAAAUGUUUUCCUGUGGUAUUUUGGCCCAACAUCGCUUUUCAGCGCUAAAAUAACUAAUAAGCGUCAAUGCCGUGUGACAAGAGCAAGAUAAAUAUUUGAUAUGUUGUUUUCCUUCCAUUUUCCGUUGUAUUUCACUGGUAAUCACAACAAGCCAAUUGUCAACACAUGUACGUCUUGCAUCGAGGUCUGAUGUGCAGGAGAAGAAAUUAUACGCUUUACAUAAUGGAUUUUUUGCGAAUGUCUGCACUCAAAUAGUGACAAUUAGGGGUUCUUUUGUGCAUCGUUCUGCAAGGGUUGCUUGAAUGUAUUAUUUUCUUCAGACAAAUGAAUAAUGUCAUUGUGCUUAAGAUAUUACCCCCCUUGCCUGAACGACGUUAUCCAUAUCACAAGCCUAACAUGUUUUCUUUGCACAAAACUAUGCACCAUCCAUCGUGCAAUUACAAACAACUGGAAUGGUACAGUUUUUGAACGGGUGAAAAUUAAUCUUUUUUUCCUGAUACAUCUAUGUAUGUAGUAUGCAUUCAGGUUUCACAGUAUAUACACCUUAUGCAGUGUGGCUAAAGAAAAAUUAGUUUCAAAUACUGUUUUAACCUGUAUCAAUAUUUUCAAGUAGUAAAACCAAUAACACAUGGUUUCCUUUCUGAAGUCAUGCACAGAGAUGCCAAUAUUUUAAUAUAAUUUAAAAUUAGAGUAGUGACGCAAUCACGGUGAUGAUUAGUAUACCUGUAGCAAGGCCCUCUAUAUUUGUUUAAAAUUAAUUUGCCAAACUAGCUCAUGAAUUCCUCAGUCUCCUGAGUCAGAUACAUUUACAAAGUUCACAUGUACAUUUGUUACCACAGGCGGCCCAGACGUAGUAUUUGUCACUGAAUGAAUAUAUUAAUACUCACAUGGACAAAUUAAUGCGAUGAGUCGUCGAAACUCCAAUGAACUAAAAUAGUCCAAAAAUCAAAAUAUAACAAAAUAAAGCUAAGAUACCUUUAACUGAACGUAUCCUUGUCUUUCCUGGCCGGUUAAAGUGGCAUUUUGUUGAGUUUUGCAAUUGUAGGUACUAUCCACUAAAGAAGAAUUAAAGGCUGGCUACAAAACAAACGGACCAUCUCCACACGCCUUCACAUGAAGCGCUAUAAAUUCGAGAAUAAUUGACGAAUCCGCUCCAAAUUACCAUUGGCUAAUCUGCAGGUAACGUGUACUCCUGCUUCUUGCUCGCUGGCUCCACAAACCCAUCGCACUGUUGACCUUUACGCUUCGAUAUGACCGCAAACUACCAGGUAUAAUACGCGAUGUGAAUAUUCAAGCUUAGCGACCGCGUUCGUGCAACAAUGCAGCACUUGCUAUGGGAGGGGUGGUACUAUUGCUUCUAGGUCAAUCAGUCAAUCGACACUGACCGAAGGUUCGCUGCGUUAGUUUUCACCAGAAAACAAAAGGCGAUCGCGCGACCGUCCGUAAGUUUUCAACAGUGCGGCUCUGGUUUUCAAGUUCGAAUUCUUCUAACGUUCGCUGUCACGGAUGCUGUUGUUAGUCCAGCCGCUUGCAUAGCUAGGUUCUUGACUCUACUGGACCUAUUUGCUUGGAUUAAUUAAAUAAACAGAUCUUUCCAGAACAACGUCUUACUCCACAAUAUGUUGUCCAAACUGGUGAGGGAGGACGAGAAUUUUCCGCCCAGGAAAAAGGCAAAAUCUGGCCUCGGCUAUGCAGCUGAAUAGAAGAUACAGCUGAAGAUAUCGUAAAGUAAAAUUUAUGUGCACGAUAUUAUUAUUAUCAAAACUCAGGGGCACCCAACGAUGAUUUCCCCCUAAAUGUAUUGAAAACACAUUUAAGGCUGUCCAGAGUCCUUUCGAUCUAAAAAUGCAUUCUAAACAUCGCUUGCAUAAAUUUAGUUACGAGGGCUAAAAGCGAAGCUAAUGAUUUAUAGUUUGCUCAUACUAAAUAUAAAAUAUAUCGUGUAAUGCUAAGCGGAGAAGGCAACCAGACAGGGGCACCCAAGGACUGUUUCCUCAGAUACUUUGAAAACACUUUUGUAGCUAUUCAUAAAGUACUUUUAGCUCUAUAGAAAUGCAUUCUAUGUGGUGCUAUAAAAUUUGUAUCUCAGUGUUCGGCCAUUCUAGAGGAACUUGAGUCUUUUUGAAAUUACGAAAAUUUUAGAUGCAAUUUAACGUAUCACGAAGGAGAUAAUUUUUCAGAUUCCUUCUUUCAUCACUUUUUUGAAUCAGAAAAUUUUAGGAUUCCUUUUUACUCUCUAUGAAAAAUAGCCUAACCCGGUGAGUGAAAUGAGAAAAAUUAAACGCUGGAUGCCCUUGACCAGAACUGUGAAAAACAACAAUAGGUCUAAUUGCAGCACACUUUCUUGUACAUUUCCUUGCCGUUGAUUUGCAUGACUGCAACGUGAAACGUCUAGAAAACUUCCUGGUUUUCACUUUUAAUGGAGGAAAUGUGGUACAUGUUCUUGUUCACUUUUUCCACUGCUGCUCGUUGUUUUAGCUCCGCUAUAAAAUUCGUAUCUGUUCGGUGAUCCUAGGGCAAAUUAGAUCUUUUUAAAAAUUACAAGGGCUUCAAUAUUAUUUUCCCGAUUGAUUGACCUAGAAGCAAUAGUACCAUCCCUCCCAUAGCAAGUGCUGCAUUGUUGCGCGAACGCGGUCGCUAAGCUUGAAUAUUCACGUCGCGUAUUAUACCUGGUAGUUUGCGGUCAUAUCGAAGCGUAAAGGUCAACAGUGAUUGUUCAUGAGCAAGCAAUUAUUGUACAGUUGCAAUGGGUUUUGUGGAGCCAGCGAGCAAGAAGCAGGAGCACACGUUACCUGCAGAUUAGCCAAUGGCAAUUUGGAGCGGAUUCGUCGAUUAUUCUCGAAUUUAUAGCGCUUCGUGUGAAGGCGCGUGGAGAUGGUCCGUUUGUUUUGUAGCCAGCCUUUAAUUCUUCUUUAGUGGAUAGUACCUACAAUUGCAAAACUCAACAAAAUGCCACUUUAACCGGCCAGGAAAGACAAGGAUACUUUCAGUUAAAGGUAUCUUAGCUUUAUUUUGUUAUAUUUUGAUUUUUGGACUAUUUUAGUUCAUUGGAGUUUCGAUGACUCAUCGCAUUAAUUUGUCCAUGUGAAUAUUAAUAUAUUCAUUCAGUGACACAUACUACGUCUGGGCCGCCUGUGUUGUUACUUCACACUUCCAUGAGCUAUUGUAUCACUCUUCAUUGUGACAUUCCCGAGGACCAGCCUGGUUGUCUUCAUAAAUUACUUAUAAGGAUCACUGUUUAAACUCCAGGAAGUGGUACUCCCUUAUAUAAGCCAUAAAAGUGUAUACCGCCCCAAAUGGUAUGGUUUUUGCGCCAUUUGAGUCUGAAAAUGGGUAUAGGCUCAGGAUUUUCAACAAGGUUUUAAGUAGGUGGCAAAAACUUUGGAGUAGGUGGAGAAAGAAAAAACUCACGCCAAAUAAUGCGUGGAAAUUUGUGCUGCUUGGUACCCAGACCCCACAGUUUUGGGGAAAUGCAAGGCUGCUGUGUUUGGCUUUGAUGAUUGAACGAUGAAAGCUACUCAGAAUUAAGGCAAGACUUUUUGGUUUUUCAAGAACAAAACUUUGCCGAUCCAAGGUUUGUGUUCUGCGGUAAUUGUUCUCAUGUUUAAUAUUUGUAGGCGGUUAUUUGUAGGUGGUGAGUUCAUGUGGAAUAGCCAGGGAAUUGUCGAAAACCCUUUAGGCUUUGCACAUUCUGGUCUGGAAUUGGGUAGGAAUUUGAGAGGGAUCUACAGGAGUGUAUGAACAUUUGUCAUUUCAAUUCCAAAUAAAUAAGAAAGGAAGAUAAAUAUAUGCAAAUUCAAAAUGGAUUUUAAGAAAUCUUUUUGUUGGUGUUCUAAUCAAAGUUAUUUCAGGUCUGAAAAUGGGUCUGGAUGUUAAAGGCCAGGGCCCAGUUGCUCGAAGCAUGGUUAGCGUUAACCAGCGUUUAAUACCUUGACAACGUAUUGGUUUUAUACUGCUUAACCAGUGGUUAAAGCUAACCAUGCUUUGAGCAACUCAGCCCAGGUCUAAAAAGGGUGUGGACAAUGACAUUUUUUGGUCUAACAUAGGGUCAGGAUUUGGAAAACCCAGCAGCACCCCUCCCCCAGCUUUAAACUAUUUAUUUCUGUUUUUAAUAUAUUUAGCUUUUUGUGGUUUCUCUUUGUUGUUGGUGGUGGUGUGUUUGUGUGUUUCUUAUUUUAAUUAUUCAAUUUUAUAUUUUAAUAAAGAGUUGGUUUUAUCAGCCACUCUGAACACAUUAAUGUGAUCAACUGUAAUGUAAGGAACACAUUAAAUUUUACCAUUCCAGAAAAUUUUACUGUCAGUAACUAUUUAUUAGGGCGAGCAUGUGUGGUUGGACAACACUAAUGGAGGAGAGUUUGACUUACCCAUUGGAGCACUUGUUAAGCUGGCUGACUCAGGCCAAAUUCAAGUCAUUGAUGAUGAGGGAAAGGUACUGUGCAUUAAUUACCCUGGGAAAAUCUUUGUGAGGUUUAUCGUGGAUUAUUUUUUCAACAGUCAUGAUCAGAAGUUCAGAUGAGGAUGAUGAUGUCAGAAGUACAGUAGUGUGCACUAAUGUUUUCAAGACAAAUCACAAUCUCAAACGUAUUGCUUGUUUGAAAUAGGACUGAUAUGUACUCUAUUAAAAUAUUGUUAUUAUUCAUUCAUUCAAAAUAUUUCUCCAUUUCUAAUUGGCUAAAAUUCCAUGGGUAAUUUAUCAUAGGUAGGUACUGUUGACCAAAUUUGGAAGAAUUUUUCAAUAUGAGAAAAAUGACAUCAAUUCUACAGUGUAAUUGCCAGAAAACUGAACAGUUUGUAACCGAGAAGACCUGUGACAAGGUUGAGUUGUUUUGGUAGUGAGUACAAAAUGGUGGAACAUUUCACUUGUUUCACAAGGAAGAAAUAGGACAACUAUUGGCUAAAAACAUGGCAAGAACAGCAAGAAUACAACUCGACAGAUGACAUCUGCUAUUUGGAGAAUAUUUGCACAGCUGAACAGCCCUUUACAUGUAUCUCCUAAACUUGCCGAUAAACAGGCCAUUGAAUGUGAACUUAGCAUCAAUGGCCUGAUGUAAGCAUGUUUUAGCUUGAUGAUACUCAGCUUCAUCCAAUAAUAAUUAUUGGUAAUUAUUUUUCGAAAAUAUCUGUUUGUAGGAACACUGGAUCCAAACCUCUCUGGCCAACAAACUUAGGAUUAUGCACCCAACAAGUGUCAAGGGUGUAGAUGACAUGGUAAUUAUUGUCAUUAGAUAUAAAUCAUCCUUUGCAAAAACUUAGGUGACAUUCCAUUGGAAUUGACUGUUUUCAUUGGUCGAUUUGGUUAGGGGUACAGUUGAUCAAUUUUUUAAUAAAGUAAUAACUUGUAAUAAAAAUGGUUGAAAACUGCAGCUUGGUAGCAUUCGCUGAUCUGUUGGCUGGCAUCAAUUUUCAAGUGGUCCAUAUUUUUUUCUGUGAAUUGUGGUGUGGAAAUUAGUAUGAAGUGCUCCCAUGAGCCCCAUGAAAAACUUGUCAGCAAACAGCAAUCAGGUGGGCUUUACAUGUACAUCAUUUAUACAACUUCAAAAGCAGGUAAUUGAUAAAUGUAAAAAGAAGCAAUUUUUAAAACUUGAACACAAAGAUGUAGAUUUUUUGAAAAGUAUUUUUCUAUCAGAAGGCACAAAUUAAAGCAUUUUGAUAACUUCUUUCUUGUUUUGACAGUGCAAUAAUAUGAAAGGUGAAUGAACGACAAUUUGAGAAGUCUUGCAAAGCUGAGAUAAAUAAUAUUUAUUUUCUAUACCUAAGAGAAAUCUAAUUCCAAAAGUUUCAGGCAACAUUAAAAAAAAGGGUUUUUAUGACUUUUCCUCCUUAUCCUGUAUCCUUGUCACUAGCCUGAUUUGCAGACAGUUUAAUCCCGGUUAGUGACGUCUGCGAAGCAGUGCAGAGAUCCUUGUUCUGCGCCUCAAACAGAUUCAACGAAUUACUGGAAAAUUUAUAUGUUUUGAAUUUCCUUUCAACCUGAUUGGCAAAUUGACAAUAGCUUUUUUAGCAGGCCAAUCAAGGUGCAUACUCAAACCCUGGUACACAUGUGGGCCAGAACAAGGACUUUGGCACUGUUUGGCAGACGGACUUUACCUGAAGUUUUAGUCUGUUUAGUUCUGUUGGUGGCACAGCCUACUCUGUCACGAGCCACAAAAACAUUAUUUCUUCUCAUGUUUAUAAAAUACAGCUGUAUUUGUUUAUGUAAUUUUUUCAAAUACAUAUGCAUGUAUGUCUGCCCAUACAAUGGGUAUUUCAUUUUUGAAAUAAUGAGGUGAUGUCAGACCCAGCUAGGUGGCCUUAGUCUUUUGUUAUGUUGACAACUUUGUAAUGGAAAUUGAUGAGGAAGUCUAGAAAUGACUAUAACCAGUCACACUGCAUUGAAGCCAAAAAUGGUUGGAAAAAGUUUGCUAUUGGAAACUUCAACCAAAUCAGUGUGUAUUAAAUUUCUAUUUCCAUUUUAAGUGAAGUUUAAUUUACUGAUCUAGUCAUUCAGAGAAAUCAUUUUCUUUCUUACAAGUUUCUUAUUUUCUUUUGAAUUACUUUAGAUUCAGCUUGGAGACUUAAAUGAAGCAGGAAUACUUCACAACCUGUUCAUAAGAUAUUACAAUCAUCAAAUUUAUGUGAGUCUAAAACUUAUUCUUUGUUCCAGAUAUAGAUAAUAGCUUCAUAAAAUUGAAAUUCUUUGGAAUUGAUGGCCUUAAUUUAAUAUUAAUAGUAAGCCAAUUUUCAAGUGUAUACUCUGAGCAGCCUAGCCUUUAAACUAGGAGGAAGGCAAUAAUAAUUAUUAUGCUUUGUUUGUAUACUUUGUUUUAACAUUCUAAAAAGCAGUGAGGUUUCUAUGAAAAUAAAAUCAUUCCCUGCCUCACUUCCACUCAAGGCCAGGAUGUUCAGUAAACACUGUACACUGCAUGUCAUGGCUUGUUAAAAUCUUAUCUUCACCAAUUUGAAGAGUAAAGAGCAUUUUAUUCACCUGCCUACAUGUGAAAUGUUUACAGUUUAACUGAUGUAUGCACUGCAAUUAGGGGUUGAGACUGGUUUACAUUGGAUUCAUGGGAUUUCAACCUUAUUUACAUGGAUAUGUACACAAACAUAAAAAAAAAAUUAUUGUAUGUAAACUGUUGAGAGUUUUGACAUUAAUUUAAGUUUACAUGUUUUAUCGUUUUGGUAUUUUUAUUGUUUUUUGUGGUUUAUAAAUAAUUAUAUAUUUUAUUGUAAUAUUAUUAUUCUACCUGCUUAUAAGACAGGUAAUGAAAAAGCCUUUUUUAAACUGCAGACAUAUACUGGCUCAAUUUUGGUGGCAGUUAAUCCAUAUCAACUUUACCCCAUCUACGAUGCUGAACAUGUUAAAAAAUACAAGAAUAGAAAACUGGGUGACCUGCCUCCACACAUCUUUGCUGUGGCAGAUAAUGCUUACACUCAUAUGAAAAGAGAAGCACACGAUCAGUGCAUAAUCAUCAGGUUAGUUUAUCAUUAUAUCUUGUAAAUAACUGCAGUUGCAUUGCAAUUCCAUCAUGUUUUAAUGACUAAGUAUGUUGUGGUACUUUGAGUAGCACAGUGACUAUAGUAAAGUAUGCUUUGACUCCAUCUCCAAGGCAUUUGAAUUUUUCAAGGUUCAGUGUCAAUCCAGCAUGCAAAGAAAAUAUUGUGUCCAGUAGCUCGGGGCUGGAUUUUGUAAUCAGGCUUGCGAAGUUUUUUAGUUUUGGGAGGAAUUCGAACUGCAGAAGUACUGUAAGACUGUUUAGAUUCCUGUCAAAUUUAUGAGGAUCAAAAAAUGUUUUUCUAGCUGAUCUGAUCAUUUCCCCCCUUGUAAGCAUGCUCAUAAUAAUGAAACAGCGAAGAAUCAAAUUAUAAAUCGUAGGUAGCAACCCACGGACUCAAAAAGGCGUUGUAAUGUAAACAAUUUUUUUCCCACCAGCCCUCGGCAAAGCAUGCGAAAAUUUUCCCGCUCAAUUUUAAAAGAGCUCAUGCGUACAAUGCGUUGGCGUCUUGUUUUUAAGUCUUUUUUAAGAGGCUAAGGUCAUUUACACGAACUUUUUCUCGUCUUAGGUAGGACGCGUCUUAUCAAAGAACAGGUGUUAAGAGGUAUUCUAAGUCGCGUCUUAUUUCAGACGACAUGUGCCGUUUACAGGGGAAGUUUGUGUCUUACUGAGGACGCGUCUUAUUUUUCCGGGUGAACUUAGUCCUGAAUAGGACUGUUGUAGUCGACAGCUACUGACGUUUCGACAACCUGUGCGGUAGUCACCUUCAGAGUCAAAGUGAGUUGUAUCACGUCAGUUGAUGGUAUUAUACUCUGGUUAUUGAUCUGAUUGGUCAAUUAUGUCACAAUGCUAUUGGUCGUGUGUCAGUUAAACCGUGAUGUCAUUGGCUAUGAAGACUCGUAAUGUAAUUGGUGCGUUUCGAUCCCUGUUUUGUCACAGUCAAAAAGUCGUCUAUUGUUAGUCAAAAUAAUUGUCAGUCAUCCAGUCGUUGUCUCGUAGUUAGUUUUGCUUGAUUUCGUCAAUAAGUCGUUGACUACGAUUCAGUAGCGUUUGUUCUAAGUUAGUAAACCAGCUUUCUAAAGUGAGUCGUUGAUAGUAGUCUGUAGAAUACGUAAUACAUGUCGCGGAGUCCCAGUCGAUUUGAUGUUUCGUCUGUAAAUGGUGUUCAGCAAUGUGACUGUUGACUUCAAAACGCACCAAUUACAUCACGAGUCUUCAUAGCCAAUGACGUCAUGGCUUAACUUACAGACGACCAAUAACAUCGUGACGUAAUUGACCAAAAAGGUCAAGAGCCAGAGUAUAAUACGAUCAACUGACGGGAUACAACUCACUUUGACUCUGAAGGUGACUACCAACUCAUGCAGUAAUUGUCUGUUUGUUAAUGAUCGGCUUGUUGACAUUUUCAUGUGAUGAUAAUACUGAACUGUGUUAUAGUGGUGAGAGUGGAGCCGGCAAGACAGAGUCUACCAAACUCAUUUUACAGUUUCUUGCUGCUGUCAGUGGACAGCAUUCCUGGAUUGAACAGCAGAUAUUAGAAGCUAAUCCAGUGUUAGAAGGUAAAUUCCGGCUUAGGGUAUUUACACUGUAUUCAUUUUUAUAACAUGUGUAUGGUUACAUCGUAACCUGUGUCUUGUGCCGGUUACGUGCACCCAAAAACCUCCUUAGUGCCCCCAAUAAUACCUGUUGUGACAGCCGGUAAAGUCAUGUAUAUAACGAUGCUUGCAAAGGUGUUGAUUAAUACCCCGCAUUUUUAUUUCAGUUACAAUGUACGUUUCACCAUGUUUUGAAAUCUAUACAAUUAUGUAUUUGGCGUUGAACAAUCAAAUGUUCACUUUGGCAAUUAUUAUGUACAUGUAGAGCAUAAUAAGCUUUGUUUCGCUCUUUCAUACACAGGGGGACCCAAGGGGAAGGAAACUGUUUGAGUUGUACAAGAUUACCCCGUUUCACCCUCCAGUCAAUCCAAUGAGCGUCCAGAUUUUCAAGCAGGGCACGAGCUUUUUACUUGGAAGAUUUAAUUGUAUCUAUCUACUGUCCUAUCUACUAUUAAAACAUUUAUUCUUUUCUUUCUUAAAAAGCGUUUGGAAAUGCCAAGACGGUCCGAAACGAUAACUCCAGUCGGUUUGGUAAAUAUAUUGACGUGCAUUUCAAUAAGACUGGUUCCAUUGAAGGUGCAAAGAUCGAUCAAUAUUUGUUAGAAAAAUCCAGGCUUGUCUACCAAGUAAGUACUUCAAAGGUUACGAGUAUUAAAGCACUACAUAAUGUGUAUAUCACUUGAACAAAAAUAACCUAUGAGUCACUCACUUACGAACACGUUAGAAACACUCGUCUUGCAAAAAAUCUAUUCUCUUUUAAGCUAUACGAAUCAAACUGCAAAACUGACUCGCAUUCAAAAGUCCAAGGGGAAGACUUUUGUGAAAGCUUUUUUCUGUGAAUUGUUUGAGGCAUUGCAUGCUGUGCAAAGGUGGCUUCUUGUUUACACAUAAUCCAAUUGAAAUCCUCCACGUUAUUGCAGGAACAGACUUUUUCAAAACACAACUACGUUUUGGUUGGGUCAUCGAUCAGUUCUCUCUUUUGGCUCGUAGCUCAAAAAGAUGACUUGUGUGCGAUCGUCUUUGAGACUUUUUUGCUCAAAAAGUCAGCUUGUGGUCAAGUGUAGUGUAGCCUGAGAUGCCUUUGGCAGUGUUAUUUAUGAUAUUAUACUACUACAUGAAAAAUUACUGCAAUUUGAUUGGCUUAGAGCAGUGGUAUUUAGGCUUAAUUUGAAAUACCUACAUGUGAAAAUUACAAACCUUUUGCAGGUAGUAGUAUAAACAAAUAAUAGCAUGAUUUGUACGUGAUAUUUGGCAUAAAUACCACUCGUGAUAUUUCAAAAUUGUCUCAAAUUUCACUCGCCUAACGGCUCGUGAAAUUUCGUAUAACAAUUUUGAAAUAUAACUCGUGGUAUUUAUGUCAAAUAUCACUACAAAUCAUGCUAUUACCUAAACCAAUUUCACAAAUUUCAAAUUACUGAAAAAAAAAUUAUUCAAAAGGGUCAAAGCACGGUAGUAACGGGUAGUCAACUGAGUGUAAACUGUCUGCAGAGGGCAAAAAAAAGGUUGGUUGAUUUUAAUGAAAACAAUCGAUAUAAUGGCAAGGACCUGCCUCAAAUCUGUGAACGUUAGAAGGAAGAUAUCGUCAAUUGUAAAACUACUAAAAAAUAUGUCGCGUUCCUUCGCUUCCCUUCUAUCUAUAGAUGCCUGAUGAAAGAAAUUACCACAUAUUUUACCGGAUGCUUUCUGGUAUGUUACCGGAUGAAAGGGAAAGGCUUUCUUUAACAGAUGCAUCAGAUUACUACUACCUUACUCAAGGCAACUGCAUUUCGUGUGAUGGAAUGGAUGAUGUGGAAGAGUAUGCGAUUAUCAGGGGAGCAAUGAAGGUAUUAAAAUUGUUGUCGUUUUCUUUUUGUGAAGACAUAGAAAAGAUAUAAGGAAGGCAUGAUGGCAGGCUAACAUUGAGUUAAUGUAGCUGUAAAUGUUACUUGAGUGACUUUUUUUAAAGGUGCUCUUUGUGUUUUUAACUUACUCUAUUCAUGGUAGGUAUUGACAUUUAGUGAGGAGGACACCUGGAGCAUUUUCAAGUUGCUUGCUGCUAUUCUACACAUUGGAAACCUUGAAUUUGAAGGUAAAAAGUUGCUUACAUGUACAUGCAAGGUAGUGUUUUAAUUUGUGUCGGAGGUAAGAAAAUGGUUUCAGAUGCAAGAUACAGUUCAACGCUGGUUACAGCCAAAGGAGGGCAAAUGUCAGUGAAUUGUAAUGAUCAAUGGUCCCCCGGCAACACUUUAAGAAUCACCACCAACUAAUCAAAGCAGAAUGGUCUUACAAAUAUAUUAUCCUAUCAGAAAUACUACAACAAAAUUUAAUUUGAAGGCCUGUUUACACGGGUGAUUUUUUUGCUCCACACGAUUUAAUGCGUGAUUUCGAAUCGCCUGAGUGACCUGGCGGCGAAGUUCUUCUCAACACUCAUGGAAAUGUUCAAAUCUAAGUAAGUUAAGCUAUUAUCUCUAGUAAAAGAUGUAGAUAUCUGUAAUUUUUGAUGGUGAGGUAUAAGAAUUUUUUUCAUUGUCCUUUGAUUGCUGAUGUGUGUGUUUGUGUUUUUUUAUUAUUGUUAUAAUGAGAAUAGGCAGGCAUACGUUAAUUAUGCCCACUGAUAGUUGGAGUUGAUAUGCUAACUUAAAGAUGACUUUGUGGUUUGUGUUGUAGCCACUAUAAAAAGCACCGUUGAUGCAUGUGAUGUAACAGAUCACAAGCUAGCAAAACUGGUGGCUAAACUCUUAGAGGUGAGAUAAAGAAGUCAUCUACCUGGCUGCAGGCAAUAUUUGGGCUUACAUGUAUGUUAUGACAUAGAAUAUCGUUUAGUGCACUAGGAGUCGAUAGUUGUGUUUGUUGUAUCUGAAUCGGGAAAACAAGUAACGUUAUAACUAUCUCGAACUGUUGUCAUUUUGUUUUUUCUGUCAUUAAAAAAGUAUAAUCAUAUUCCAUUUUUUAUUUGUGGAGGUGGGGGUGGGGGGGAGAGGAGAGGAGGAGGUGGAAAUAGUGUUAGCAUGUCUUGAUUGCUAUAACCUAUUAGUUUGGGCACUGGAGCCGGUCUGGAGGGAAUGAUCUUUCAUCCCAAGGGAGCCUACUCUUUUUCUGGUGCAGAGUAAUUACGUUUAAACGUUUUAAAAAAUUUCCUGUUCUCACCCUGCAGGUUAAUAGCGACAGUCUUGUUGAAGCUUUUACGAGCCGAUCCACAUUUGCACGUGGUGAAAUGAUCUUUUCUCCAGUAAGCGCCGUCAAAGCAGUGGACAUCAGAGAUGCCUUUGUUAAAGGAAUCUACGGAAGAAUAUUUGUUUGGAUUGUCAGCAAAAUCAACUCUGCUAUAUUCAGAAACAAGGUGCGGCUUAUAAAGUUGGACAUUAGCGUGAUUGUUAACAUGAAGUGUCUUUGAAGGUGUAUUUAAAGUUUUAGUUGAUUGUUUAGGUGUCCAUAGAUUUGUUGAGGCCUACAUAAACCAGCUCCUUUUUUCUAUAUUUCGCAUACAGGCUGUAGGUGUGUCUUUCUUAACUGAGUCAAACUGCCGCCAUAAACGGAAAGAAGUCCAAAGCUUUAGAAUCUAAAAAUUCAGGUCAAACAGCUCACGUUUGAUUGUUAUCGUUGUCAACAAGUUCAUGAACCAUGCUUUUCAUUUCUUUUUUGUUGUUUAGGAACAACCUAGAGCAUUAAGAUCGUCUAUUGGUGUUCUUGAUAUCUUUGGAUUUGAAAAUUUUGACUCCAAUAGGUAAAGUAAUAAAGUUAUUGAGCAGUGUCAUAUUAACAGUUAACGGUCUAGUUGGCUGUUAAGCUGAUUGAUCUCUGUCGUCAUUAAAAUUGAUUUAGUCUCCAAACACCCCUUCAUAGACCUCAAUCAGUGUGUAAGGUAAUAAAAGCAGUAAACAAAGUUCAUUAGUAGCGGUUUUCAACAGGCUAAUUGACUGUUGCAAACACAGCAGAAAACACCCUCACCAUGGUCGAGCUAUUCUAUGUAUGUAUACCAUGUAAUUGGGAAAUUAUGUAAUCACAGUUUUAAACGCCAAAUGCUUAUCCGUCUCUGUUAUAGUUAGCUAAGCAUUAUUCUCUUUACAAUUGUAACUCUGAGAGCAAUUAACUCAGAUAACAUUUUUCUUUGCUGUGCUUUAAGUUUUGAGCAGCUUUGCAUUAACUAUGCCAAUGAGAAUCUUCAGCAGUUCUUCGUACAACACAUCUUUAAACUAGAGCAGGUGAGUUUUGGGAUUUUUUCAAUAGGUUAAUUUUAAUUAGUUGUUGUAAACAGUGUACAGCAGAAAAGUUAAUUUUCUGUGUUUACGUUUCAAAGGAUACAAUGAUUGAAUUUUACCGUUUUCGUUAAUGUCACUCGGUAUGCAUGAUUAAAAAGGUGAAAAAGGUACCCUUCAAAAAAUGCGGACUUUUAAGCAAAAAUAUUUUUAAUUCAAAACCUUUGGCUCUUAGUAACUGACUUUUCGACAGAAAAGGCUUAUAUAAAAAUAUACAUCUUUGUUAGCUUAGGAGCUAGCAAAUGUAGCUUGUUUACAGGAAAGAAAUAUCAUGCUAUUUGCAAACCAUUUAAAAUCUUCUGUUGUGUCAGUAGUUGACUCUUAAAGAUUAGAGAUUAUUUCUUUUUUACAAUUAGGAAACUCGCGAUUCGAAUUAACCUGGCUGCAGAUCCAAGUAAAACAAUGCAUUAUGCCUUUUGCAUUAUUAGGGUCGUAGAGUUUACAUUUUCCCCCUUGAAGUUGGAUAAGAAAAGACCGGGAGAGGCUGUGGUCGUUAAUUUCUUUGUUCUCUUGGGAUUUCAAUAUUUUCAGGAGGAGUAUAACAAAGAAGAUAUUAAGUGGCAGCAUAUAGAAUUCGUGGACAAUCAGCAGGUUCUAGACUUAUUGGCCCAGAAACCGAUGAACAUUAUAGCUUUAGUAGAUGAAGAAAGCAGGUUUCCAAAGGUAAAGAGUUUUUUAAUGGUGUUCACAUCUCUGAAUUAUAUUUAGAUCGGUAAUCAGUACCAAGGCGGCUUAUUUGCCUAUUUCAGGUGUCAGGCAAUUUAGUAUUACACGUGAGGAUUUCUUCUCGUCUUGUUAUGGUUAAGGAACCAAAACAACAAAUUAUUUGAAUGAUUGUACAAAGGGUUGCGCUCAACGACUUUAACAUGUACCUUGCUUUUUCUUCUAAAGCAUCUUAUAGCCAUUCAAGCAUGGAACAGAAUGCAACACACUUUUUUGUGAAUUUCCCCACACUUUUUUUUUUUACUUUUGUUAGGGAACGGAUACUACAAUGCUACAAAAACUCAACACGCAUCACAAGCGAUCCAAACUGUUCAUUCCUCCAGGCAAUUCAAGAACGCCCAUCUUUGGUAUUCGACAUUUCGCAGGAACGGUCUUUUACAGUGCAAAAGGUUUCGUAUUUCAUAACCGUUUAUGUUCUUUACGAAGUUAAUGAUUUGGGUUUACAUUGUACACAUUCUAGCGUUAACUUUACUUACUCAUUCACUUUAGAUUUAAUAAAUGAUUAUAUUCUGUGAAGCACUUUGUGCUCAACUGAAUAAUGCAGCAGAUGUUUGUAAAAGGAAGUGAUGCGUGUUAACGUUUCGGGAUGUAUUCUUUGUACAGGAAAGGCAAUAACGAAAACCCUUUUAGCGCAAUUCGGCCAAGGCCUCAGUCAUUUAGAAGCUGGGGACCGCCAUCCACCAGAUAAAUUGCUCUCCAGUGGAUACGUAUUAGGCAAACCAAUUUUUCUAUUCACUUAAUAGAGAUUAUCCGGUGGUUAACAUUAUCCACCUUCUGAACAACUGUCCCCAGGUUGUUAGACUGACGUAAUCGAUAUUAUUGCCCCCGCGAUUUGCUUGAACAGGGGCCGCGAGGAAUCGGUAGGUAAUGAUGACGUUUCUAUUGUUUGCGCCGGCAAGUACGAAAUGGUUAGGAUGACGUAAAGACAGAAAAUCCCGAAGGGACCGGUCAGGUAGAUUUUGUGACAUUUAUUGUGUAGUCAUACUUCGGUACUCUUUUGCGUUACGCAGUGACAUUCUGUGGAGCAGUUUUUUUGAAAGUUAUGGACCAAAAUGACAGUCGUUAAGCGCAGAUGAGGUUAUAAGGUGCGUUUAACUGUGUAUAUAUAAACACUUGGAGAGUUUUUCCAGACACGAGUUCACAAAUCUUUGAUUUAUAUUGGAAACCUUGCCAGACACUCGUUCUCUCUCUUUGACCGGAAUAAGACUCAGUCCCAAACAAGCAAGACGAGUGAACAACGGCUAGCAUAUCACUAGCAGAACGGUGGACGAUUACAGAAAUUCGCCGACAAUCAAAUUCUGUGGUGACCCCGGGGGGGUACUAUAGGAAUUCCUAGGUGGGGAUGUACCGCUGGAACCCUGGAACCCUUAACCUAUAACAGAGCUAGUUCAGCUGAAUUUUGCUACCCUAUACUGGAGUAAACUCCCCAAAUCCCCCCUAUCCUAGAGUAGCUGUUUCCCUAGUUUAGGUAAAAUCUUCAACCAACUGAUCAAUUUCCAGAAAAAUGAUACCCUAUUCUAGACCCAAACGCUCCGAUUUAUAUACCCUAUCCUAGAGUAAACUGCUUGAAAACCAUACCCUUCACAGCGGCACUUAUCCAUAUAGCCCAUAUAUGGCAGUACCCCCCCCCCCCCCGGGUGCUGACUUAUUCCCUGCUCACAGAUGUCCUUCCGUUAUAAAGUGUCAAAUAAGACUAGUGAAUCGAUCAAACGUCCUUUUCAUUUCUAAGGCUUACUUUCCGGCAAAUAAAAUGAACUGAAUUUAAAAAGUGAAAGAGAAAUAAGCGAAAAAUUCAACUUCUAAUAAAUCUUUUGUUAUGGUUUAGAAUAAACUAUUCUCGAAACUGAGAAUGUUUUGAUAAAAGUUGUGUACUGUAAAUCGAGCUGAAACUGUGCAUGGAACCUUGCGUUUCCUGUAUUUAUCUCACCUAUUGUAUGGAAUGUGUGUGAAAAUCUUCAUUAUGAAUCGGUAUAUUUCAAAGAGCUACACAACGAGCAAGAAUACUGUUGACCGACAAUAUACAGAACGGGGGCAGCUGUAGUGUCAACUAUUACUAGUUUUAAACUUUAGUCAUUCUCAGCUUGCGGCAGCGCAUGUCACAGAUUUACUAGCUAAUUACGCUAACACUUGCAUGUUUGUGCCUCUGGUGGUAUUGGAAUACUAAAAAUACGAGUUAAAAGGAAACUUUGUCCAUGAGGUCUUGAUCACUGUCUAUAGCUUUGAGUUUUUAUAAAGGAAAAAUGGUAGUAAAAGCGGCACUGUCUUUCACACUACGAAGAACCUUGUUUAUCCUUUGUCGUGUGGGAAUCCUGUCGGAGGUUCAUUCCCUGCCCUGACCGCUUCCUGGAUUUGUUCUUAGUAGUCCCGGGGUCAAUUUAAUAAAACUUUUACCUGUGUAAUUUACAAGUGUAGCCAUUGUUUUAGAGCCCGAGAACAAUAGCUGCACUCGUAAAUUACACGUGUAAAAGUUUAAUUCAAUUGACCCCCGGUGUAAAUAGCCAACUUGUUUAGCCUCUGCCGGACCAGCUUGGAUUCUUAACCUUGUUAUGUCUAUCAUAAACAUAAUAAUUAUUUCAAUUAUUAUUUUGUUUCUGUCCUUUAUUUGUUGACCACAGUGAAAACUACUGGGUUACCAGUAAUUUUGCUACCCUUAGUAUUAAGUCAUUUUUCAAAACUUUUCUUUGUUAUAAUUGGUAGGUUUUCUUGACAAGAAUCGCGAUACCUUUAGUCCUGAUCUUAUUGAUUUGGUGGGAACGAGCAAGUCAAAUUUCCUCCUAGAGCUGUUUGCCAAAGAUAGAUCGAUGGUUUGUAUGUUUUGCUGAUGUUGCCCGGUGUUUUUUCCUGUCAGUAAAGCACCGCUGACCCUACCCCACCCCUAACGUAAGGAAACUACAUUCCUUUCUUCAGAAUAUCGUAUUUUAGAUAAGAAUAGAUAAAAGGUACUUUGGUCUAGCGGUUACUAAGUCUUUGGACCUUCUUAGCUACAUUUUUGCUACUGACACACGGGUUAAGCCGAGUGAAUACCAGCGAACCAUAGGAGUGACCUUUGAAAUUACUGGGAGUAAGUUGGUCAUGUACUGGCAUUCCAUAUAGAAUCUAAUAUGUAAUAGGCUGAUAACCUUUUUGCUUCAUGCUAAUUAGGCCUGAAUGAGUUAAUCGCGACAGAGAAAGAGCUAAAAAACUUGUUUUGUUUUAAGGGUGAAGAUACCAGAAAGCGUUCUCCAACUCUUGGAACUCAAUUUAAGAAGUCUCUUGAUUUGCUCAUGAGGACCUUAUCCUCGUGUCAUCCUUUCUUUGUACGCUGUAUUAAACCCAAUGACUACAAGAAACCAUUGGUAGGUAUCAUAACAAUUUAGUGCCAGCCUCUGCAUGGUUCCCUUGACUAGUUAUCCUAAUCCAUAGGGUUAAAAAUUACAGCCAGUACAAAAACUGGAACGAAUGCACCAGGUUAAGGGCGACACAAUGGCUUAUCUUUGCACUUAUUAGCCAACCUCGACCUUCCUAAAAUUUAUAGUGAAUCGGUUGAAAGCGAAAUGUCUUUAAACAGAAGUACUAUUUUAAUCCUUUCAGAGGUUUGAUCGCCUUUUAUGUUGCCGCCAGUUGCGAUAUUCAGGCAUGAUGGAGACAAUAAGGUUGGUAAAUUGUUUACUGUGCUUAGUUUCUCUUGCUGAUAUUUGCUAGUAUAGGUACAGUGCGGGUGCCUUGUGCUCCAGGAUAAGAACAUUGUCUCCAUAUUGUCUCUUCCUGGCUCUCCAGAUGUUUAAUUAAGUACUGACGAUAAUAUACUGUGAUGACGGCAUGCAAAGGACUAGUAACCCACCCAUGAUAUACUGUGGCAUUGUAGACCGUCUUUGGUACGGGUGCACCAAACGUCUACGAAUUUUACAAAGUGCUGAUCAACCUGUUAAGCAAAGUUCAUUUACACAUAAUUUAGUUUAUAUUUCUUUUUACCUUCUUACAGGAUACGGAAGGCUGGUUACCCAAUGCGUCACACAUUUAAGGAGUUUACUGACCGUUAUUACAUGUUAAAUGAAGGAAUGUCACGAAAAGAGCUUGAUUCUCAGUCUCUUAAGAAUGCCGCAGUAGCAAUAGCCAAGAGACUUCUUGGAAAUGCUGAUUGGCAGGUUGGCAAAACCAAGAUUUUUCUCAAGGUAAGGUACAAAAGAAAUUGAUAUUAACUAUUAUCAGUAUCAUUAUAAGCGCUGUUAUAAGAAGUGGUUUGCAGUUCCCAGGGACUGAGGUAGAGGCAAAAUCGGUAAAUCCUACUCAUAUCUGGGAAGUCAAUUGAGUAAUGAUAUGAAUCUUGAAUAGUGUUGCACAGAAACAGGGUUUAAAUUGGCUGGUGACCUCUCUCCUCUACAGGGGCCUCUUUGUAUCGUGGGGAGGCUGGGGAGAGGGGAAAAAGAAAGCAUGCGGGAGACUACCAUCGUCCACCGCGCGCAUACAAUUUUUUGAUUAUUGCUAUUUUUAUCGGAAUACUAAGCAGGGACCUCUGAGGGGUAGAGAGCUUAUUUAUCCCAUGUGAUUUAAGCAGGCAGCAAGUUUAUGUAUUAAUUGACAGUUUUUCUGUUAUUAUUGACAGGACUCACAGGAUAUUCAGCUCGAAGAAGAGAGAGACAAACUUCUCACCAAACGCGCCGUUUUGAUCCAGAAAGUUGUUCGGGGCUUUUUGUUUCGCAAACGCUUCGUUAAGAUGAGAAGUGGCUCUAUUAUGAUUCAGAAGACGUGGAGAGGCUUCUGUGAGAGACGAAAUUACAGGAGGGUUAGUAAUGUGUCAAAGGUUUCAUUUUUGAAAAAAAAAAUGUUUUGUGUUGCGUCCCUUCGACUCUCUCUAAGAAGGACAGCGUUGAAAACUGCAAUUAGUUGGUCUGUCUCAGUGAAGUGUCUGCCGAGUAGAUGGUAAAAAAAAUGUCUGGAAAAGGGUAGGGGCUACGAAAUUGACUGGUGUAAUGACGGAAGAGCUGUCGAAUAAAUCGGAUUUUCUCUAUACACACCUCAAUUCAAACGAACUCCAAGGCUGUCCCACCUAUUUUUAAUAAGCGGUAUUAAGGAAAUUUCACUACUUAUCCUUUCAGAUUCGCUGUGGUAUGGCUCGUCUCCAGGCAACAUACAGAGCUCGUGUCUUAGCAGUGAAAUAUGUCACCCUGCGUGAACGAAUGAAAGUCUUCCAAGCAUUCUGCCGUGGGUUUAUAGCGCGACAAGAAUACAAAAACCGGCUGCAGAGCAUUAUUAAGAUACAGUCGGGAAUAAGAAUGGUGCUUGCUAAACGAAGGACGCAAGAAUUAAGAGUGGAGGUAAGAAAUGAUUAUGGUAACGUUCGUCACUGUAAAUAGAAAAAGAUCACUGCUUUAUUUCCAUGUAGUAAGUACGUAAAAAGAAAAAUUAAAGUGUCCCUAUUCUAACAGAAAAAGAAGCGAGAAGAAGCAGAAAGAUUAAGGAAGCUGGAAGAAGAAAGACUUCGAAAAGCAAUGGCGGCUGAUGCUGCGAGGAAAGAAGCCGAAAGACUUCAUCAGGUAAUAUUAUUUAUUAUUGGGGUAAUAUAAUGUCUUCAGUCUUGAGGAAUUCGGUGGUUGUGCUUGCUGUCUUACUUUAAAAUGUCUGUGGAGCCACAAGGAACGGGGCUAUUAUCGCAGUAGGAUGAGCUCAGUCGGUAAAGCACUUGACUGCAGAUCGGAAGGUCGCGGGUUCGAUUCCCGGGGCCGGACCAAUACUCAGGGUCUUUAAGCAGUCAAAAUUAACUGAGAAAUGAAGGUACUCCCUUUGCACUGCAAGCGGCUAGAUCUUAGCGUGGCUCGGAUGACCACGCAAAAUGGCGGUCCAGUCUCCAGUAGGUGACGUAAAAAAACUGUCCCCAAUUACUCCGUGCAGGCUAAAUACAUUGAUGCUCAAACAAAGUACUUUAGCUGGCGACAUCUUAGCGUUAGACCAAUCCAUCCUGUUUUCCUAGCCAUCGUCAAGGUCAAGGCAAAAGUGAGGAAAUUUCAAGUUAAGUCGGGGAAAAUUGAAAUUUGGAAGAAAAGUCGGGGACAUUCAAAAUUAUAACGACUGAUUUAUGUCCUUGAAGGCUGGAAAGAGCAUUUAAGGUCUCUUUGAAUCUCCUUCCAUCAAUGAAAAUCAGUGGCGAGCUGCUUUCAUUUUCAAGAUAGGUAAAAAGUUUUAGAAUAUUUAUAAAGAAAAGACAGGAAAAUUGAAAGAACAGCUGUAAAGGGGAGGCUGGUGGUCGCUAUUAUAUCACUUUGUAUUUACAUAGCAAGGAAGCUUUAUUUUUUAGAGACAAAAAAGGGAAAUUUUGAAUCCUAUGCUAUGGCAACCAUGCCAGUGUGUACUUGGUGUAUUCUUUCUCGCUUACUGUGAUUAAGAAUUCAAGUGCUAAUUUCCUCAAUUAAUGUUGUCUGCCGAAACUGUCCCCUCAACGUUUUGUAACGCUUUAGUUUUGUGGUUCUUUAAGGAACGGAUGGCGAAGAUCGAACAAGAAGAAAAAGAGGAACAUGAACGUAAGAAACGCGAGGCAGAGAAAAAGAAGCACGAAAUCGAAGUGGCAGAAGCCAUGGCUAAAAAGCGAAGAGAAGAAGACGUUGAUGAUUCGAAAAUGGUAAGCUAUGAUGGCCCAUAGAUAUCGACAUGAAAACUUUCUUUCUCAUGUCAUCCCUUUUCAUCACCUGAUGUUAUUAUUUAUAUAAUUAUUACAGUAGAACCUCUCUUUUGGGACACCUCUACACUGGGGACUCCUCCAUUCAGGGGCAGAAAAUUUGGUCCCGGAAAAAUGUUCACAUAAUCUUUGUAUUUGUUACAUCAAUUGAAGGCAUACCUCUAUUCAGGGGAAAGGGACACUUUUCCUGGGUCCCGAAACCCAGGUUUAACCUCCAUUCGCAGACACCUGACCAGAAAAAUCGUUAAGUUAAGCGCUCACUAGUUACAAGGUAGUCUGCUACACAGCCGUUUUUAGUGUCGACAAAGGAUGCAAAGCAAACAAAGCGAUCAAUUUGACACUCUACGCCUGACACAUGCAGUAGUUAUGGUCCGUGGUUUUCGUUGUGAAUGCUUUCUUCCAAAUUCCUUUUUCCUCUUUCCACGAAAAGUGGAAAGAGGUUGAAAAUUAAGAGAAAAAUAUCGAUGGCCUACAAAAAACGCUAAAGUGAAUGUAAUCAUUGAUUGUUUCUCAUUAAUAAAGCCGGGUCAGUGAAAAGUCAGGGAAAAGUCAGGGAAUUUUGACGUUUUGAUGAGUGGCAACCCUGAUGUAUGUGCCCAUACAUCAAGUAGCUACUUAAUACACAUAGCCUCAAUUUGUUGAACACCUGAGCCUGCGAUAAAGACAUGCAUUGUUUCGGCAGCUGUCAAUUGAACAUAAUACGGAUGUCUAAUUUCAGAUAUAAUAUGUAUACAUGUAUGCUUUGGACUCCCAAGCUACAGUAAGUGUGACGUUUCACAUACGCUAACAAGAAGGGGGAACGUACAGACGGAUGAGUUUGUGACAUCAAAAAAUUGAGGUGCAUGGAUAACCAAAUUUUAUUACCUCUGGUGCUCUUCUGUGGCGCUCCACUUGAGAGAGAGAGGGAGAGAGGGGGAGAGAGAGCUGCGCUAAAGCAAGUGAAGAAAACAGAUGCCAUGAGCGAUAAAAAAAAUGUCGUGAUGUCUAUGGGCCACCCAGUUGCUAUACACCUACGCUACCUACGGCAUUUGUUAAGCUCUAAAUUUUAAAAAAAAGGCAACAACCAAAAUUACUGAUAUCUCUAUUACAAUCUCAAACAGUGAUAAGGAAGCGUGAAAUUCGAAAAAAAUUGUUCAUUGAAAGAAUUAAAAGGGAGCAAAGCUGACAGCUACUUUCUGGGUAUAGGUACUGUUUGAAAUAACCUCUAAUUACUAAGUGGACCACAGAUGUCUCCGAAAAAGCGACAACAAUAGCUAGAGUAAUGAGUGUGUAAUAAAUGCUGUUGAUGAGAUUUAAAAAUUCGUUUUCGAAGCAUGACGGGUUGUGUGAGAGGCUAUUGUUUUUCCGUAAUUGAAAUUUUAUUGUUGUUUGUUAAUCACGUUGCGUUGUAUAUAAAUAUGUACCAUCAUUUUAAUGAUACUUAUUGCGCUUGUCAUUGGCUCAUCUAGAGUGGUUAUUUUAUGGUCGUAAGACUUCGGUUUUUUACAUUUUACUGGGAAGUCGCUGCUCUGGCGUCGGAGUGCCAUUGUACAAUCCACAGCUUUAUCCAGAACCAAAGUUGAAAAACAAAAUGUAACGUAACAGCUCGUCAUCUUCCACCUCAAUGGUCAACUUCAGUUCUUAAGGAUGGGUUCGCUCUGUACAACUUAUAUCUGUAGUAAACAGCAUAACAGGUGCUGUAGUUAUAAUGAUGAAUGACUGGGCGGCCAACAGUAGCUAACAGUUAUGGAUAAGGCUCCUCAAACAUAGAAGCUUAUUACGUGACUUUCAUCACUUGAAAAAUGGUGGUCACACGAGGGUGAUACUGCUUAAAGAAUGUUAAUCUGCUGUUUAACCUCAGAGAAUGUUUGGAGUGAAAUUUGAUAACCUGAGUCUAUUUAAGAUAUCGCCACCGUACGCAUAAGUCAUCUCCUCUUAUGGUGUUGUAAUCUCAACAACGUAAUAGUAAAGAUGGAUUUUCCCAGCCCUCGAUCAAGUCCUGAGAGAUCAGUCGAAUCUCCUGAGUAUAUGGACAUCCAAGGAUUUGAGGGUUUCUUCCAAGAAACAAAAGAAAGACGAACAGUUGAAUUUGAAGACUUUCUUCUCAGUUCGGACGAUGCUGAUAAAGUCAAUAAUAAAUUGGAUGUCACCGAAGAUGAUAUCGAUGCUGAGCUGGCUGAAGAUAGCGAGGAUGAAGAGUUAACGUUACUGAAAGCAAUUUUAGCACUUAAAGAUGAAGUUGAGGAAGGAGUAAGCUGGACAUCUUCCGACGUGGCAGUAUGUUUUUAGAUUUUUAACGCGCAAAAGGGAAACAAGUUUGCAAACGUUUUCGACUUUGGAAGUGAUCGGCUUAUCUUAACUAGCUUUGUUUUCCAGCGUCUAAGUCUGUUGUUGCUGCUAAUUCUAUAUGUUGUUUUAGUUUGAACGAAAACGGCUAAUCGUAAAAAACAAUUGAGCAGUUGUGUUUCUCCACGAAGAGCAGUACUGAGUUUCGCUCAUCAAUUGCAUUCGUUUGUUUAUGUUCUCGCGUGACUGGCCAUCGCACUCAUUUGUUUUCCUUGCAUGCUGUUUUGUUAAGGAAUUGAAGAUUAUCACUUUUCCCUUUAAGUCAACUGGUUUUUUGGUUAAUCUUUUGUCGUAACUUGGUAUUUGUCGUUGUGUUAAUACUCCUUGUAAAAUUUCGCGUGACUCGCUGUACCGGUCUGCCGCCAUAGCAUGCGGGCAGGCUGACACCGCGUCACCUUUUUUUUGUGGAAGAUCGUUAUCUGCCAAUGCCCGCCUUGGUCCAGUGCAUCUUGAAACUUCAAUUCAGUUUAUUGUCACUCCUCCGAAGGCUUCGCAUUUUGAUUUGUAGCAUUCUCGUGUCCAUUUCUGUAAGCGCAACAAAUCCGCGAUGAUACUUAUCAGUCAAUCAUAGAUUCUAAUAAUCUUUGUCCAGCGUAUUUUUUACUGUUUCGUAAUUAUAAUUAAUAGGUUAUAUAAUAUACUUCCUUUGCUUUGGCUUGAUUAACUAUCGAAUUUGUUAUGUACAAACGUUUUUGUGAUAAGGCGUGUGUCUGAUCACGCACAAACAUUGUUUGCAGUAAAGUAUAUUUUAACUUCAUUGACAACGCAGAAACUGCAACUGGUGGAGAGGAAACAAACAGAAUUGCAAUUCAAUGUCUAUACUAAACGCAGUUAUUAAUUAUCAAUAAUGAUUCAUUACUUAAACUUGAACUACUUAACAGGUACAGUUCCCGGUCCAGUGUUCAGUGCUUCUCAAUCAUGCUCAGUGACUCUUGUUGUCAUGUCAGGCAUGCUCAGCUAAGCUUGUCACGCGAUGCCUCUCCACCUCAAAGAGCCUCUUAGUAAUAUAUUACAAACCUGAUGAUUGUUGUUGUUGUUCUGACAUUCGGUAUUUGUCUCUUAGGUUGACGAAAUGUUUGGAUUUUUACCAGAAGAAAAAACACCCUCGAUCGUCUCUGCCCCGACUGCAUUCAAGGUACGCAAUAACUUUAUCUUAAGGCGAUGUUACACGAGAUGGUUCGCGACCUUGUUACAAUAUUGUUUUGAAGGCUUGCAACAUUGUUCCGACAUUGCAAAGCUGUGUUGCGCUGAAAGUCGUCGUUGCGAAUCGUUCCGUGUAACAUCACUCUUACGUCUGCGGGUCAAAACGUAAGUGAUACACCCUGACUUUAACAUUAUUUACUAUUUGGAUACAGCGAGUGAUUUAAGCGCCCUUGAGGAAUAUACCCUCCAAGGAAAUUUAAGUCCCGCUAAAAUUAUCGAUGCGAGAUUUAAAACCUUGUGCAAUAAUAUUACCCUGAAGAGUGAUUGAUGAUUUGAAGACAUUGACGGUGCCUGCUAUUCAGAUAUAAAUGCCGCCAAAUAGUAUAAAAACAGACAUAUCGUAAAUUUCAUAUGUAUGGGACAUAAGGUCAUAACAUUGAACUUUGUCAAAAUUGAAAACGAUAAUGUUGUUAGUUUCGUUUUACAAUAAUUGUUCUUUAAAAUUUUUCGUCGUGAAAUGAAAAAGAAUCUAAGUAUGUGAAUCCUCAUUUUUCGCAAAAAUUGCGAAAUUUAAGUUUCACCGAAUAUAUCUUUUCGAUUUUCGUAAACUUAAGUGACCGCGAAAUUAGUAGCAAUAAGGCACAGACGGAGCGAUUGCAUUUGAAAAUCAACUUUAUUUAUAAUAAACACGCUAACGUGAUUUUGAGCAAAACAUUCAAUUAUUGUCAAGCGGCGUUAAUUUGGUACAAAAUUGUAAAGCCUAUAUUAACUAAAAAAGAGGAGUCAAAUCCCACUAAGUAACAAGCCAGUACACUGCAAAUGAAUACAAUAAUUUUUUAAGGAGAAUUUCAUUUUUAAUAGGCGCAAAAAGUUUAUAAAGACGCCUUCUGAAUGUCUUCCCAGUACAUUCGUUCUUAACAUCUUGUCAUUUUUUACAGUAAGGGAUGCCUCAAAAACUAACAGACUUAAAGAUUUAUUAAUAGGCUUGGCUAUAAUGAGAGUCGAUAAGUUACAAGGCUUCUUUCAUUUUUUUUUUAAUCAUUUUUUAUUUGUCUAAUGUAGGAUCUUGAACCUGCGCCAGACGUCGAGUUUAACGUAGAGGAGACGACUGUAAUGACAAGAGCACCAGAGGCAAGUGUAUCGCAAAAUAUCUUGUAAACUAUGAUGAUCUGUCGGUAAGCUAAGGAUUAGGGAGCUUAAGCAUCCACGACGACGACAACAACAAGAAGGUCAAAAAAAAAACAGUAGGUUUUAAAUAAGGAAAAAUCAACUCUAGUCGAUGGUAUAGAUCUUUGAGUCUCUGUGACGUAAUUGUCCUAAUGCGACUUAGCACAGAGGGCGUUAACUUGACGAUCAAUUAUCGUUAGGAACUUCGAGGAGAUUUCACCUGGAUUUGACAAAUUCAACGCAAUGGGAUAAGCGUAAUGAAAGGAAUUCACGUUAGUGGUUGUACUUUACCGCUGUCACACUCGUCUUUGCCUAGAGAGCAAUAGGGACCUUUAGCAUCGCAGUUUUCGGGGAGACGGCAACGCCAUUGACCGAGGAGGACUAAGAAUAGUUGACACCGUUCCCGCCAAAAUCAAAAAUACUUUAGCUGACACCUUCUGUGCGACGGGGUAAACAUAACACAAAUCAACACGAAAUUUAGAGUGAAAAAAGCGAAUUUAGUGAUAGAUGGCAAGUUUUAAAGAACUCCGCGAUCUCCUGGUGACAUGUUAUGACAGUAAGAUUAUCGCAGACGAAGAAUUUCUUACUUUGAAUGAUUCGUUCCAGUCUGAAAAUCCCGAUUUCGACUACGAAAGCUAUCCUGCCUUUGAUCUUGCGGAAAUGAGCAUAGCGGAUUGUUUUGCAGAAUUUCGUUUUGAAAAGCAAGACAUACCUCGUCUUUCCCAUGCACUACAACUCCCCCCAACUUUUAGAUCUACCUCAUUGAUCUCUCUGUUGUAUCCCUGUACUGUAAGUCUAAAAGCCAAAUAAAAAUUCAAGCAGGUCUAUUGUAAACACGAGCCUAAAGUCCAAACAUGAACAGAAUAACAAAGGAAUGGUCUUGAGUGCGCAAUGAAUUAUUAAUGCAUUAAAAGGCACUCCCUUCAACUCUUAUUUUAAGAGGGACUCUUGCUAGAUAUUGAAGUUUGAAAGGUCAAGUUUCAUUCUUUUUUUCUACAUUUAAGCUUAUACACAACAAAUAAAAAGUGACGUUCACUUAUCAUCGAGAAUUUUCUGAACCACAGCAAGGAUCAUACCGUUGAUCUGCUGCUGGUUUUGCAACAGUGUUUGAAACACCUGCUGCUGGCUUUGUUGCUCUUGCUUUCUUAUUUCUAGCUCCUGUUGUCUAAUUUCUCUGUCAGCUUCUGACUUUUCUCUUAAGAAGUCUACGAGUGGCUUCGUACAUCGGCCUGACUUACCCCGCUUGUCGGUAGAUCCAUCCUUGCUUUUGGAUUUUCGCUUAUUCGUUUCUCCUAAGGUCUCCAUCGCCUUCUUUCUCAUGUUUUCAGCUGUUUCUUUUUCGUGUUGUUUGGAUGCAGUUUCGGCUUCCGACGCUGUCGCGGUGUCUUCUCUGGAAACUAGCUCCUCAAUUAGAGCUUCUUUCUCUGUCAAGUCGUUCACAGCAAUUCCACUCGCAUUUUCUUCCUCGCGAAUUUUCUUGGUAAACUUUUUGCUUAGUAACAUCCAUCUCUCUCUCACUGCUCUUUUGUCUUAAAGUUGAAACUCUUGAGACUCCAUUCCGUUAAGCGUCGAUAUUACUGACUCCCAAGCGAGGCCACGAGCUGGGCUUCCUUUUUUGAGAGCGAAAACAUUGGAGCCAAACAUUUCCCUCAACAUGAAAACAUCUUUUUCCCCCGUCCAUUCCAUCGGCCUGAAAGAAAAGUUAUCGUAAUUUAAGAUUACUUAAUCAUUCCAUGUAAAAUGAGAGCUUUUCGGUAAUUUUUGGUCUAUUUCUUACUUUAUUUUUGAUCGCUCCCUUGUCUCGUCCACUGCAGUCAUAUUUGAUCUUAAACUUCACUCAACUUCAGCCUAAAAAAACAGAUAAAAAAUUCCUCAUCUUUGGCCUCGCCAUCUUGAUAGACUAUGGAAAGAGACUCUUUCUUCAUUUUGAAGGCAUUUGAGCCUAAAAUAAAUGUAAUAUGCUAAUAUAAAUGAAAAAGAAACCAGAAAUCUACUCACGUUUUCUCCGCAACGCGAAAAACAGCUUUUUGGCGUCGGCGCGGGCCUUGCACAACGUCGCGCCAAAACCUACGACGCGAACCGGAAAUAAAAAUCAGUUCCGGUCGCCGUCGUGGUUCCAAAUUGCUCUCGUGCUAAAGGUCCCUAAUGUGUCAAGUGAGCAACGGUACAGAAAAAAAUCAGUGACAUAACAUUUAUGUCUUCUACUUAAAGUUAGCGCAGAGCACCUGAGUCACACUGGAAUUCCAAACAGUGUUUAGGUGCGGAGAGACUGAAAGAAAAUACCUUUUACCAUGUAGCUGAUUGUCAAUUAGGAGCUUAAGUAAAGAAAAAUAUCUACCGCAAUGGCAACCAAAACAGAACUUUUAAGUGAAUAAUCAAAUCAAAUAUUUCUGUUGCAGCCUGAAGAAGACGUAUCGCAGUUCAGGUUUUCUAAGUUUGCCGCUACCUACUUCCAAGGCGGUGCGACUCCUUUGUAUGUUAGACGACCACUCAAACAGUCCUUACUACCGCUGUCCAGUGAAGCUGACAGCAUGGUGAGUGUGAACUUACGCUGGCUCAAGUUCAUAUCUUGAUCCCAUCAAUGUAUCUUCAGUUUUAAACAGAGGUUUCAGUGGUUUCAAAACAAGCUGGUGACCACUGGAGUUCCAUCGGCUACUUGAUUGUAUGUUGCCAGCAAUUCUGUAGUCCCCAGCCUCCAGAUACUUUAAAACAUUUUGAAAUCCCUGAAGUUUAUGUACUGACGAUGAGCUAGUAUAAUUUUACAAAGGAACCUUACCAAAGGAUCAGAAAGCCAGAAAGCCAAGUAGUGUACCAUAAACUGAUCAUCUCAAAACCCACCUCCUAUUCCAUGGCACAUACCUGUAUAGAAGUACUACAACCUUCUCCCUGGGUGUUAAAGUAACAGUAAAGAGGGGUUUCAGGUGCUUAGCCUCUUGUCUUUGUUUUAUUUUUCUGAUAUUUGCUACAACCUUUGCUCCUCUGUAGGGAAAGAUGGUUUGGCAAGAGGAAAGCAGAAGACAGUUUGAUGAAAUGAUUUAUUAAUUCACAUUUUACUAUUCCAUCUGUUAAGAGGAUUUUCUAAACAGAUCAUUUAAAUAGUCUCAAUUCAUUAAAGCUGACAAAAAAGCACAUGCUGUUCUUGUUGUUCCUUUAUAAGACAGCCUUAAAUAAAUUGCAGGUCUGAAAGAUGGAGUUGUAAAUAAGCUCAUCUCGCUAUGUUAAUUUUUGAUAAUCCUUUUUCAUCAAAUUCAAUUACUAGUAAAAAACCUGCAACUAAGAACCUGUAUUUUCCCAAGUUUUUCUAAACAAGUCCAGGUUCUUACAUAAAAAACCAAUUAGCACAGAUUUAGCUAUUUAGGUUCAGUCUCAAAUAGGUCCUUAUUUUCUGAAAAAAAAAAAAUACUUUGUAGCUUUGAGCUAAAAGUAUUGGUGGCAUUCAACUCUUUCCUUAGUAUAUGUAAAACCUGUAUACCAUUGCAUUGCAGUCGGAGAUUAAAUGAUAAAUAUUAUUAGACACCUAUGUCUCAAAAGAGGACCCUGUAUGUUGACUUAUCUUACUUUCCCAAGUGUACACUGUGCAGAAGUUUUUCUUAGAGAUUUUAUAAAUAAUGGUAAUAGGACUGAGUGGAGUCCAAUUCGGUCUGUAAUCAUACACGUGUUACAAAAUUGGACAACCACUAAGCAGGAGUCGGAUUUGUUUAAUCAUGAGUAUGAUUACAGAUUGAAUUGGACAAAAUAAAGUCCUGUAACCAUUACGAUUUCAAGAAAAUAUAUGCAUUCCUUUUAGGAGAAAUAGCAUUUGUUCAUACUAAAUGUCAAAAUAAGGGGAAAAUAUUACUGGUGGAACACUGCCUAUAUGUUGCAUAUUCAUCCAUUUUGGAUUUAAUCCCCAGUUUGUUUGGGGUAAGUGAUUGUUGCUAUGGUUAUUGUAAUAACUUCUGUGAUUGGUGGAUUUAGCUGAGUGCACUUAAAAUGAUUGGCUAAUGUAAUUAUCUGAUUACAGGCAACUGUCCGACUACAGCCAACUGUCUGAUUACAACCAUACACAAUGAUUAAAGAAAAAUAAAGCAGUUAAUGCACCAAUCAAAUUUGAGGAAAUUGUAAUGGUUAUGAUUAAUAACCUGUUUCAAAUUUGAGUGCUUUUUUAUAAACACAGCCUAGCUGGAAAAUUAGCCUGACACGUUCUUAAAACCAGUUUCUUAGUUGUGGAUUUUUCCUGUACCCUUGUUGAGCUUAAUACUGCACAUCACUAUGCUGGGUGUCAGCCCAUCCCUUUUUGUUUCUCCUUGUCAAUGAGGUCAGAGGGAAUUUUACAUUUAGUCUUCUAGACCAUGGUGCCUUUAAUAGAAAGCUUUCUUCUCCUAAUCAGGAUCAUAUUAACAAUCCCUUUACUCUAACUGAUUAAUUGAAGGAUGAAGAACACUAAGGGAUGAAGUUGUCAUAAAACAACCACCAACUCUUUUCCACAGGAGGAACAGAAUGCUUAGGGAUGGAAAAAAAAACAUUGAAACUGAUUGAAGUAGAGAGUAUGCACAUGACGUCACAGCAGCCAUGUUGGUGUCCCAAACUAAUCCUGUGGGAGUUGAACUCUUUUCUUAUGCAAAUGAUUUCUUUUGUUCCAAUAAAUUUGCAUAGAUGCAAGCCGUGAGUGAAUAUACUCUAUGAAAUUCAACUUAGUUUGGUUUCCUAUAGUUGCAUCUAGGGUGUUUGCCUUCUUAUCUCCAAAGGAAAUAUGUGCAGCAGACAGUGCUGCACACCCCUCCUUGAUUUCUUCAAAGCUUCCUAGUGCAAGAUCAUUAGUUUCAGUCUUUUUCUGUGAAGUUUUUUAAGUCUUACCAAAAAAACUACAGUUACCACAGUUGUCUAGUUAAAUAUUGCUGAUCCCUGACGAGAAAGUGAAAGUCAGGAAACAGACACUUAUCCUUGAGGUCCUUGAAAAGAGUUGGCAUGUAAAGUCAGGAAAUGUCUUACCAAGGACCCGGCUACACGUUACUGUGCACUGGCCUAGACACUGUCAGAGGAUUCCAUCGAAACAGAAUUGACAUCCUGAACCAGCUCAACAUGAUUUCAGUGUCUUCUGUUGCUGCAGAUUUUCUGUAAACCAGAAAAGUGUACUCCUUGAAAUGUCAGCAUUCUUCCUUCCUUUCAACUUUAAUAUUUGACAGUGAGUUGUACUCAACAUUUAUUAACAACAUUUUUGUCCUCAUUGACUUUUAUCUCUCUUUACGAGUUGUGUGGUAGAUAUACUUUUUAAUACUUCUUGAUAUUCUCUUGUUUGUGCUCUUCUGUCAUCUAUUUUUGUCUUCCCAGCUAAGCAAAAUAAAAUACAUAAUUUAAACAUUAAUGCCCAGAGGACUAGCCUCUGCCACAAACAGAACUAAACUUCUGGUUAGAGUCCCCUGUGAGACAGCACUGAAAUCCUGGUUGUGGGCACCCCUGGCCCACCUGUAAACGAGCAGCACGGCUUUGCAGAUGUUACUAACUGGCAAUAGAUUAUGUCUGCAACACAGGCUACACUGACAACCAGACUUACAGUGUAGGUUUUAAAUAUAUAUUGUUUAUAAAUUCAGAAGUAAGCUUAUAUUCAAGUCUUUAAAAUAUACAAAAUUCAUUUUUUAUACCUUAGAUAAUCGUCAACUAAAAUAAAAGGUGCAGUACAGCAUUAUGAAUGACCCUAACUGAAACUUAUUAAUAAUUCAUAAAAUGCAAUUUACAUCAAAAUACAAGUAAUAAUUACCAAGCCAAAAUAUGUGUUUUGCUGCAGGAAAACGUAUACAUUUCUUCUAACAUGUUCUAAAGUAACUAGACCUCUUAUUGAGUCUCAUAUUACACCUCUAGCGAUCCCUCCAGAUCUUCAAACCUCUAAAACAGUUAAACCAGCAGUUUGUUUUUUCACUUUAUAAAUUUCACUCUUUUUCACUUUACUAAUUAGUUACAUAACUAUAAUCACUGUAAGUCGUAGUAUGUUUGUUUUUUUAGCUUUAAAGGUCAAGAAGCAAUCAACACAUGUUCGGGAGCGAUUCAUUUUUAAAUAAGUGUUGUAGUUAUUAGUUAAGAUAAGGAGUAAUUUCAAAAUAGUCAUUUUAACAAUAUGACUAGUAGUGCAUAAGGGUUUCUUUUCAUGUAUGUUACACUUGCAAGCUUAGAAAAAAGGAAGGGCACAAACUUUCUUGAUUUCUCUCAGAUAAUGACAAAUUGGACUACUUUUGGGCUUAACUCUUGUUCUAAACAUAACCUUUCAAAGGCUAAAAAAAUCUUUAAAUGCUAAAAAAUCCAACACUAACCUUCCAGAAGCUCGCAACAUGUGACCGUUUGAAAUCAGUUGAGUAGAGCUUUCAGCAACUUUACGUCACCUGGCAAAGCCUUCCAACUGUUAACACUGUAACUGUGACCAUAGGCUUUUUCUCCACGGUACUUCGCUCAGGAUAGGGUAUUUUGAUUGAUGACUUCGGUGAAUCAGAAGAUGCAAAAGCUAAAAUCUUGAGUGACGCUCGAUUGGACACAGAGAAAGACUCACCAUUACAUUGCUCAAACCGUACAGUCGAGAAGAGCGUUGAGCAACUUUACGACGAGUGAUAAAGCCUUCCAGCAAUCAACACUUUAAACUGUGACCACCAGCUUUUUUUUCUCCAUUCUAUUCCACUCAGGAUAGGCUAUUUUGUUUGACAAUCUCGGUAAAUCAGAAGCUACCACAGCCAACCCUUUGAGCGGACACUCGUUUUGAAACAGCGAAAGACUCGCCAUGACAGGACAGUUGGGUAGAACUUUUCAGCAACUUUACGUCCAGUGAUAACGCCUUCAAGCAAUCUGUUGAAUUACACAAGCUCUGCAGAUCCUCUAUCUCUCUGAAAAAAUUUGAUGUAAUUAAAUGUUUUGUUAACCCUUUCAUUCCUAACAGUAACCAAACUGAACAGUCAUAAAAAUUACAUCAAGUUCCCUUCUGUAAACUGAUCCGAAAACAAAAUUGUACUGUGAAAAGGAUUUUUGUCUACAAACUCGGAAGUUACAAUUCUGACAAGUAAUCUCACCAUAACUUCACCCCGAAAUCUUUAAGUGACCUUUUAUUUUUCUUACACUUGGUCUUCCAUUCAAUGGAACGGUAAAAGUAAAAAGGUAGAUUUUGUGUGUUAAAAGUGCGAAAUUAAGCUUGUUCAUGAAACGAUAUAUUUUUUUAUUAGAAUUAACAAAGGUCGUUCGUGUUAGUUUUCAAAAGAUGAUCGCAGUCUUUGCGAUUUAAGAAACCAUUGUCGGAAGCUGGCAUCCACCAUGUUUUUCCCCUCUGUACUUUAAGUUAAGACUAAACCACAAGCUCAUCGGAGGAGGAAAGGUGAAUUUUCUUUCUUUUGUCAUAUUUUAGGUCAGUUUACAUACAAUGCAGUAACGAUGAAAAGUCACAUUUGUAGUCGAGCUAUAAAUAUAUUUACGUCUCUAUCAGACAAAUUUAUCAACUUCUCAGAGUAAAGGAGUUUAACACUUCGGCCGCCAUGUAAAGAUUAUGUUGUGCUAAACGCUAAUGACGUUAUGAUCAUUUCAAGCAGAGAAUCAAUUUUAAUUACAGUUCUUCAAGUGGUGGUUUCAGAUCAGGCGGGUGUGUCAUGUGUUUGUUUGUAUUUUUCAGGCAGCAUUAGCUGUGUGGAUAACAAUUCUAAGGUUUAUGGGCGACUUACCGGAACCUAAGUUCAUCACAUCCCAACCAGAAUCCAAGGUAACAGAAGUGUCAUCACUAUGGUAAUAGCAAACCUGAAACAGUUCAAGCAUAUCGGAUAAUUCCUUUUUGUAAAUCCCCUUUGUCAACGACAACAACAAAAACUUAAGCAUUGAUUUUAGACGAAAAAAAAGACACUCAAAACUAGACUACAGUCAAACCCGCUGUAUAUAACGGCCCUGUAGAUAGCGGUUAUCCUGUAUUUUACGGUCACUGGUCAACUUCCCAAAAUUCUCAGCUGCCUUAUAUUUUCUGUAAAGUUGACCUGUAUAUAGCGGUCACCCUGUAUAUCAUGGUGACCUUGCCAUUUCCCAAGGGUGAUCGUUGUACACACGUUUGACCGCAUUUUGUAAAAAUACUGUGAAGAAUGCAAUAGUUACCAUGGUACUCAACAAAAAAAAAGGAAAACGCCCUACUUUAGCACUUACUUUGCUUACUGGACUGGUGGUGAUGGUUUCCAUUAGUGGCUCUCACUCAGGGUGUUUUCUGUGUUAAAAGGACAUUUCAGUGAUGAGUAAGAUAUACGACACUCUUGGAAGGAAAUACAAGGAUAAAGCUAAUGAUGGAACACAGGAUCUUGGGGUAUGCUUGCUCUCAUCAUUCUGUCUUACCUAUCUUCAUCAGCGCUAAGAUAGUACAGUACAAAAGAGUCAAGGAACUUUUUAAAUGGUCGUACUGCGUUGCAUCCGCAGUUCAGAUUAUGAUCGUGGAGUCUUCCCUUAUGGCAAUACAGCCAAUGAUAACGUUGCUCUGCUCUUGCUUGAAAUGUCAUCCGUCUCUUCGCCCCACGGAUGACAUUUCAGACUGGGCUCAGCUCGGGUAGGCUCAUGUUCUAAGAUGAUCACUUGUUAAAUUUCGUUCACACUUUUCAAGAGGAACAACCUUUUUAGUAAUCACAGCAAAAACUGCUAUAAGCUCCGCGAUGGUAUUGCGCAAUUCUUUUACUCUUUACAUGUGAAAACCACGUUCAGGAAAGGAUACAAAUGUUUCUCUAUUGACAUUUCAGAGUUCGACCAAUUCUUUCAAUAAAGAGAGACGGGAAACGCUGCGAAAGAAAAUUGUAUCUUUGACGUUGAAGAAGAAGUCGAAAAUAACAAAGGUGGGUUAUGAAUGUUCCGUUUUCUUUGGUAGGGAAAUACCGCACGAGUACCAACAAAGAACAAGCUACAUAGACCUAAAUAAAUGCAAAAAUGGCUGCUGGAUGAAUAUUCUUUUGUUUAAAAUAAAAUAAGUCUAACUUACCUCGUUCCUCAGUACAAAAUUCAAAAGAAUACAUUAUCUCAAGCGAGGCUAGUAGGCCUGAUUUUAAUUUAAACAAAAGAAUAUUAAUCCAGCUGCCAUUUUUGCGUAGUUUGACACCAAUUACUAAGAAGCCUCGUUUCCCUACUAGUUCUUUAACUCAGUGACGUUAACAGGCCAAGAGAGCCAGAAGACAAGUGCUUUAACUCACUUAUUAAAAAAAAAACAUGUCUGUUUUGUUUGGGUUGCGCUUUUUGUAUGGUCUUAUGUAUAUAUCGACACUUAACAGUGAAAAUAAGUCGGUGAUUUCGUUCUUCACCUAACCGUCGUUGUAAGAACCAAUGUUAAAACCUUGAAGAGCUACUUUCCUGCAUAAAGCGGCUACCUUAGCUAUAGCUACUAAUGUUAAUACCGCUUGUCUAGGUGCACAGGACAUUUCAUGGAGGCAUAUAUGAAGCACUGACCCAUUAAUGUAAUGUUUUCUCUUUAAGGAUGUGACAGCCAAGUUAAAAGAAGCCGAAGAAAGUGGAGCAUUUUCUGAAGGCUAUGGACCUCUUUCCGCUCAGGAUCGACCAACCAACAACUUGGAGAAACUUCACUUUAUAAUCGGACAUGGCAUCUUAAGACCUGACCUCAGAGAUGAGAUUUAUUGUCAGAUUUGCAAACAGUUAACGCAGAAUCCGUCUAAGUCAAGUCAUGCCCGCGGCUGGAUUCUCUUGUCGCUUUGUCUCGGUUGUUUUGCUCCAUCGGAAAAGGUUAAUGUUUGUUAUGAUGCAUUCUAGUUGGUUACUAUGCAGUGUACCAGACUUUGGUGCCCAGAAACAGAUUUCAGUGAAUUACUCUCUUUAAAACAACAUCAGCCUAUCGAAUUCAGGAAUCUUGUUUAGGAAUUUUAACCCUUGGUGUUUAAGGAAAAUUAUUGCCCAUUUAAAGUGUUCUUACUUUUCGGAUAUUUCAUCCUGUUUUCAUCUUUUCCCGACUUUGUUGCCGCCUUAUUACUUUCAGUUUGUGAAGUAUCUCAAGUGUUUCAUUGGUGAUGGCCCCCCGGGAUAUGCACCAUACUGUGAAGAAAGACUGAGACGAACGCAGCAAAACGGCUGUAGACACCAGCCCCCUAGCUGGCUUGAAUUGCAGGUAUGGUUCCUAUCACUUAGUAACAUAUUACUGUGAACUUUUGCAAUUUUUUUUACCCUACGGUGAGGUCUCAUGAUGGCCACGGUGUCAUGCAGGUUCCUUAGUUACUACAUUUCCCUUGCACUUUUUUUAAAGCAGUGUUUCAAUAUGCCCUGGCAAAUAAAUAGAGAAAGCACAAUUCAUGCUCCUCGUUGAUUUCCUUCUGAGAUAGAGUAAUCUUCAUAAAAGCACUAGCCAUAAAAAUUGUUAAUUACACACUUAUUUUCAUCAGGCCACUAAAUCCAAGAAGCCUUUAACAUUGCCUAUAACCUUCAUGGAUGGAACCACCAAGACAUUACUCGCGGACUCUGCCACAACAGCUAAAGAAUUGUGUAGCCAGCUAGCAGACAAGAUCUCACUAACAGACCAGUUUGGCUUCUCGCUUUAUAUUGCUCUCUUUGAUAAGGUGCGUAAAAGGGAAACUAAAAUGUAGUCACUGUUAUUGUGUUCAAGCAGGGUUAGUAUAUCCUUCUGGUUCAAGUUGAAGGCCGCGAAAGAAGUCCCGUAUCAUGUAAAAUAAUGCGUGAAAUGCAAAAUCACUCUUAAAAAAUAAUUCUUUACAUCAGGUAUCCAGCCUUGGCAGUGGUAGUGAUCACGUGAUGGAUGCCAUUUCCCAGUGUGAACAGUACGCUAAAGAAAAGGGCGCCAAGGAGAUGAACGCACCAUGGCGGUUGUUCUUCCGGAAAGAAAUUUUCUCACCGUGGCACGAUCCUACAGUGGAUCAGAUAGGCACCAAUCUUAUCUACCAACAAGUUGUCAGAGGGGUCAAGUUUGGUGAAUAUCGUUGCGAUAAGGUAAGAUAGAAGUCACCAGAGAGGGUUUUUUUCGCUAGAGCAAUAAAUAUAGAGAUUUUUGGCCGAGAGUUAGGGACGGACGAUCAUUCUUGUAAGGCGUAUCCCGUACACUUAAAAACAAGAAGUUAUGGGUUGAUUUUUUUAUAGACGUAGACCUUAAACUGAAACUAGCGUACAGAGAAUGGCCUAAGGCUUUGUUGUUUCCCUGCUAAUUUGGGUGAAGAAAAUAAAAAUAAACCUGCAAAGUAAAUUGCAGCAAGAAGAGGCCCAGUUUAUGAAAGAAAAGUAUUCUAGUAAUGUUGAGAGAAAAAGUUUCUACUCUCGGUUUGUUUUCAAGAAUUAUUUUGAAAGCUGUUUGAAGGUGAAGUUGCCUUGGAGUACCGAAUAUGGUUUAAAAGAACACUCAAAUGUUUCGGGGCAACCUUUCCCUUGAAAAGAGCAAGUUGUGAAGAGAUGUGGGGAAGAAGUGCGCAAGCGUCUCGAGUUUAUUUAACACCAUUAUCAGCGCCUUAAGACCACAUUUUGCGCCACGCAGUUUGCACUCGCCACACAGAGUCUACUACCAUCUUUGUGUGAUAGUUGUGUAUACUGUAUGUAGGUCCGCUAAAUCCAUGCGAAUAUCUCCGGUUUCAUUGUCAUUUCGAGCAUUCGUCACAGCAUUCUUGUAAAUUUCAAGGGUUAAGUUUGUGUGGUGGGGUAUUUGAUUGCAGGAGGAGGAUUUGGCGGAAGUUGCGGCAAAACAGUACUAUGUAGAGUACGGUAAGGAUAUGGUACCAGACCGUCUCCUCAACCUACUCUCCUCCUACCUCCCUGAGAAUCAACUGCAGGGUGGUAGACCGGGACAAGAGAAGUGGGCCCAACUCAUCAUGAGCUGUCACAGAAAGGUAGGAUUUUUGUUUAAGAAAACUUGCUACAUGCAAUAGAAUGGCUUUUAAAAGUUUGCCCAUUUUCUCAGAAAUAUGAUACCUGGCAUCGUGAUCGCUGGCUAAGUACCGGUUUUCAGAAAAGCAAGUCCAGGUGUGAUUCCCACCCGGACCAUAAAAGAACAUAUAAGAAGUGCAUAAAGAAAAUCAAAUGAAGCGUGGUCCUAGCAGUUGUGAACGAAAUUUACGCAAUUCUGUAAGUAGCCUGAGAAAAAGAAUUCGGGUCUUCAACGGUAUUGUAACCCGUGACCUCGCGAUACCGGUGCGAUGCUCUAACCAACUGAGCUAUGAAGCCACUGCUGUUCAUAUACAUCUAUCACAUUCAUCUCUUUCACGGGAACAUAUGAACACAUAAUUGACCAGCUCCCAACAGCAGUGGCUUCAUAGCUCAGUUAGUUAGAGCAUUGCCCCGAUAUCGCGAGGUCACGGGUUCAAAUACCGUUAAGUCCUGAAUUUAUUACAGGCUUCUUACACAAUUGCGUAAAUCGCGUUCAAAACUGCGAGGAUCAUUCUUCAUUUGAUUUCAUUUACGCAGUUCUUAUAUGAUUUGUUUCUUAUACAUCUAUCACGAUACAAUUAUGUUGGUUCCAAAAAAGGAACAAGGCACCUUCUAGCAAUGAAUUGACACCCUACUCCUUAAGAAUUACUGCCUACAGUGGCUUUGUUUCUUUUGUACCGGAUUUCCCACUCUUCCGUAGGUGCACCCUGUGUUGAAGAGAUAGAUAGUUUCGUUUUGUCCCGUUGUGGAAGAGUCAAGUGGUUCUGUUUGUAUGUUUUCGCAGGGAUAUUACACAACCGAAAAAGUUAAUCCUCAGAAAGUCAAAGAAGACGUUGUCAACUACGCUCGAUUUAAAUGGCCGCUGCUGUUCUCCAGGUUCUAUGAAGCUUAUCAGUUCUCAGGCCCCAGUCUUCCUAAAAAUGAUGUGAUAGUGGCAGUAAACUGGACCGGAGUUUACGUUGUCGAUGACCAGGAACAUGUUCUUCUCGACCUUCAGUUUCCGGAGAUCACUACGGUUACAAGCAUCAAGUAAGAAAUUACCACUAUUUGAAAUGUAGGGUCCAUGGAAGAGCAGUUUACUGUUACAAGUAAAACUAACAAUUUGUGCAUUAUAACGGUUACAAUUCUUCAUCAUUAGAUAUUACCUGUGGAGUCCCUCGGGAUCUAUCUUAGGUCCCCUGUUAUUCUUAAUAUAUAUAAAUGAUCUAUGUAAUGUGUCAAAGGUCUUGGAGCUGACAUUAUUUGCUGAUGACACUAAUAUCUGCUGUUCACGUACUGAUGUUUCCUGUCUUAUGGAAGUUGUAAAUUUAGAACUGAAAAAGAUAACUGGUUUUAUACAGUUAAGUUAUCUAUUACUGUUAAGAAAUCUAUCAUAUUCAGACCGAGACAAAACAGGCAAACACUUGAUCUAGCUUUUGAUAUUAGUAAUUACUCGAUUGAUCGUGCUAAGGAAGCUACUUUUCUUGGUGUUAUUUUGGAUGAACAUUUAACAUGGAAAUCACAUAUACAUAAUGUUGCACGGAAAGUGUCUAAAGCCAUAGGUACAAUUUAUAAAUCAAGUUUUUGCCUUAAUAAUUCCUUCUUACGGAUACUUUAUUUAAGCCUUGUCUACCCAUACUUAUUCUACUGCGUGAGCGUCUGGGCGUCGACCUACCCAUCAAACCUCAGAAGAUUAAUCACACUUUAAAAACGGGUUUCAACAAUAAUGUCGACGAGUGCUUUCGAUGCUCACACCGAUCCUUUAUUUAAAAAUUUAAAACUACUGAAUCUCGAGAGUAUUUACAAACUUCAAAUAGGAAAAUUUAUGUUUCAGUACAGAUCUGGCUUACUUCCUUAUAGCUUCAAUAAAAAUGAACAUCUUGGUGACACGCCAGGUGCAUUCUUAUGGCACUAGAAGUUCGCAGCUUUUUUAUUUACCACAAUGCACGACUAAUAUAAGAAAGUUCUCCAUCAGUUCCCAAGGUCCUAAAUUUUUUAACUCUCUUAGUUUUGAAAUUCGAAAUGCAAGUACCGCGUCCUUUUGCUGUAAGCUUAAAGCAUUCCUCUUAUCAUAAUUUUUUUUUUUUUUUUCAUUUCGCUUUUUUAACCUGACUAUGAUUAGUACGACUAUCUAAUAAAUUUUAAGACUUACUGUAGCCCUGCCAUUGAUUUUUCCAUGUGUAAUUAUGAUAAUAUUUUGUUCUUAUUAUUUGACGGAGGGAGCCCAUUACUUAUAAGCCUGGUGGCUUCUCUUGGGCUUCCUCGCCACGGUAGUUUGAAUAGUCAGAUUUCCUUGCUUUUGUACAACUUAUGGCAAAACAAGAAACUGAAACUAACCGUACCAGCAACAACAAAUACUCAAUGACAAGCGGAUGAUGAUUAAACAAGAACAGUUGGGUAAAAGCGAGAAAAUUACACAAUUCUACCAUAAUUAAUAACUGUAGGCGACGUUGGAUUCCUAAAAUUCUUUAUUUUGCUGAGCCUCUUCUUGUUUCUUUUGUAGAACCACCAAGACAGAGAGUUCCAGCUUCACGCUUACUACCGUCAAAGGUGAAGAGUACACCUUCACAUCAGCCAAUGCUGAUGACAUCCAAGAAUUAGUACAGUUCUUCCUUGAAGGAUUAAGGAAAAGAUCCAAAUAUGUCGUGGCCAUGGUGGACUAUCAGAGUCCAGGUGAGUUCGGACACCUUCAACCAGUUCGCUUCUUUCGUAGUAGAGGAUAUUACAAAUUGUGACAAAGUUAUUAAACAGUGUUGUAAAAUGUUCUCAGAACUAUCUCAAGAUUUUAGGAAGGCUUAACGCUCAGGGAUAGGAAUAGUUUUGAGAGUUUUUCACAACACUGUUGACCUCAUUAACCUGCCAUACCGCGAUUAUGGCGGCGAUCUGAUUAUCAAAAAGGAGGCAAACCAAGAGCUUAAAAUCCAGUAAGUUUAAUAAUCAAUAAGUUGUAAUAAUCAAUUAAGACUGAUGUAAUCUGAGUGUGCUUUUUUUUUUAUUGUUGGUACCUUUCCACUAACCAACACUUAACUAAAUACCAGCAAUCAAGCAUUUAUAUAUAUACAGGAUCAAAACAUGGUUAGGAACUGUGUAGCGCUGAUAAGUUGAUUACAAUUAAAAUUUGUCUUUGUGUUCUUAGCGCUAAAAUGUUUGAAAAUCCAGACGUUUCGGGACCUCUGUCCCUUCAUCAAUGGAAGAUGCCGUUACACUGAACGCGCGUCAUUUUAUUCAAAUGUGACAACAUUUGAAGCGCGCACUGGAAGACUUCGCUCAAAUAAAAUUGAAGUCAAUGUUUAUGCCGCGCGGCUGUGGAGUUUUUCAUUUAAAAUUAGGCGGCCCUCCGCUGUACGUCUGUCCCUGGUGUUGUGUUGCCACGCUUGAAUAAAAUGACGCGCGUUGAGGGUAACGGCAUCUUCCACUGAUGAAGGGACAGUAGUCCCGAAACGUCUGGAUUUUCAAACAUUUUAGCGCUAAGAACACAAAGACAAAUUUUAAUUGUAAUCAUUUAUAUAUAUAGUUGCUUGGCGAACGCUCCUCUGAUCCCAUCCUUUUUGAAGCUUCAAACUAAUGCUACUUAGCUGCCAUGUUUGGUUAUGUGUUUUGUUUCUAAUGUAGAAAAAUAACUCUCAUAAGAUUUGAAGGAGGACAUUUAAUUAAGCUGCAAAAAGGAGGUGGCGUCAUUACGGGAAAAUUAUUAACUACACACUCUGAAUAUAAUUAGUUAUACGUCUGAGGUGACGUGAUAACAAGGCAAUUGUAGUGGGGCUUAUCUUUGAUCCUAAGAAACUACUUAAAUGCUUUCGUUCAAUCUUUCAUUCAUUUAUGAAUAGACCUUUGCGACGCAGACACCUUGUUUGGAUUAGUGAGAUUCGGCCGCAUUACAACUUAACUGGUGACUACAACAAAUCUUAAAUUUCGUAAUUGAUAAUCUUGUCUGCAGCUGAGAGUUCAUCGUUCCUAAGUUUUAAAAAAGGCGAUCUCAUCAUCCUGGAGAAUGACACCGGGGAGACAGUAGUAAACUCUGGUUGGUGUUUCGGCACUUGCGAGCGUACAGGAAAGAAAGGAGAUUUCCCUGCUGAAUGCGUGUAUGUGCUACCCACCAUCGCCAAGCCAACAUCAGAUACAAUGGUAAGUUGUGUCCUUGUACAUGUAUUCUGUUGGCUUAUUUGAUACAUGUGUGGUAUCCAGGGGCUUCAUUCGCGCACUCCUUAGUAGCGUGCAGGCCAAAGUUCUGCAGUAAUCAAGAAAAGUGACAAAACUGUUUAAAGCUUAGGAAUGGUGCUUCUUGUGAAUCCGUUGUAGUGCAACUUGUAAGCGAAACACAAUUACUUGUUUUUUAAAACUUGUUUACUGAGGUUUACCCGUUAUCUUUCACAUUUUCAUUCAACAUGUAUUAGAU